UCUCGAGUGGGAGUCGAAUCUUUCUCCGGAAUCGUUUGCUUUCAUUUCUGCACGAGCCCCGUCGCGCGCGCCGUUUCCUUCUCUUCGCUUCGAAUCAAAACAAACGUCGCCCGACGCGCUUCGGUCGGUUAUUCUCCCGCAUCUCGGACGGAUUAUUCGGUGUUUUCUGUGAAAAGGCGGUCAAUAGAGCCGGAUAAAGAUGAGUGUGGAGGCGUACGGGCCGAGCUCGCAAACGCUCACCUUCCUGGACACGGAGGAAACGGAGCUUCUCGGGGCCGACACGCAGGGCUCCGAGUUCGAGUUCACCGACUUUACAUUGCCCAGCCAGACCCAAACCCAAGGCCAGACCCAGAGUCAGCUCGACAACCAGGUAAACGGGCCUGACGGAGUUCUGCCCAACGGAGAAGAUGCAGUGGUGAAGACCAGCCAACUUCUGGCCGAGCUGAACUUUGAAGAGGAUGAGGAAGAUACUUACUACACUAAAGAUCUGCCAGUGCACGCCUGCAGCUACUGUGGCAUCCAUGAUCCAGCAUGUGUGGUUUACUGCAACACCAGCAAGAAAUGGUUUUGCAAUGGCCGGGGCAACACCUCUGGCAGUCAUAUUGUGAACCAUUUGGUGAGGGCCAAAUGUAAGGAGGUGACGCUGCAUAAGGACGGGCCGCUGGGAGAGACGGUUCUCGAAUGCUAUAACUGUGGCUGCCGUAACGUCUUCCUUCUCGGCUUCAUCCCGGCUAAAGCAGACUCUGUCGUGGUGCUUUUGUGCAGGCAGCCGUGUGCCAGUCAGAGCAGUCUGAAGGACAUUAAUUGGGACAGCUCUCAGUGGCAGCCGCUCAUCCAGGACCGUUGCUUUCUGUCCUGGUUGGUGAAGAUCCCAUCCGAGCAGGAGCAGCUGAGGGCCCGUCAGAUCACGGCCCAGCAGAUUAACAAACUCGAGGAGCUCUGGAAGGAAAACCCAACAGCGACCCUGGAAGAUUUGGAGAAACCUGGAGUGGAUGAGGAACCUCAGCACGUUCUGCUACGCUACGAAGAUGCCUAUCAGUACCAGAACAUUUUUGGUCCCCUGGUCAAACUAGAGGCUGACUACGACAAGAAACUCAAAGAGUCCCAAACUCAAGACAAUAUAACUGUGAGGUGGGAUUUGGGACUGAAUAAAAAGCGGAUAGCUUAUUUCACUCUGCCCAAGACGGAUUCAGGUGACAUGCGACUGAUGCAAGGAGACGAGAUCUGUCUGCGCUAUAAAGGAGACUUGGCUCCUCUCUGGAAAGGAAUCGGACACGUCAUCAAAGUCCCGGACAAUUAUGGAGAUGAGAUUGCCAUCGAGCUGCGCAGCAGUGCAGGCGCUCCUGUGGAGGUGCCGCACAACUUCCAGGUGGACUUCGUCUGGAAGUCGACAUCUUUUGACCGAAUGCAGAGCGCCCUGAAGACGUUUGCUGUGGAUGAGACCUCUGUGUCUGGCUACAUCUACCACAAGCUGCUGGGUCACGAGGUGGAGGACGUUAUCAUCAAAUGCCAGCUUCCCAAACGCUUCACUGCGCAGGGCCUGCCAGACCUCAACCACUCGCAGGUGUAUGCUGUGAAGACGGUGCUGCAGCGACCCCUCAGUCUGAUCCAGGGGCCUCCAGGAACCGGCAAGACGGUCACCUCUGCCACUAUAGUCUACCAUCUGGCCAGACAGGGCAAUGGUCCAGUGCUGGUUUGUGCUCCGAGUAACAUCGCAGUGGACCAGCUAACAGAGAAGAUCCAUCAGACGGGGCUGAAGGUGGUUCGUCUGUGCGCUAAGAGUCGUGAGGCCAUCGAUUCACCGGUGUCUUUCCUGGCUCUGCACAAUCAGAUCCGCAACAUGGACAGCAUGCCCGAGUUGCAGAAACUGCAGCAACUGAAGGACGAAACUGGCGAGCUGUCGUCUUCUGACGAGAAACGUUACCGAGCUCUCAAACGAACCGCAGAGAGAGAGCUGCUCAUGAACGCAGAUGUGAUCUGUUGCACAUGUGUGGGUGCGGGUGACCCUCGCCUGGCAAAGAUGCAGUUCCGCUCCAUUCUCAUCGAUGAAAGCACCCAGGCCACGGAGCCCGAGUGCAUGGUGCCCGUGGUGCUCGGGGCCAAACAGCUGAUUCUGGUGGGUGACCACUGCCAGUUGGGUCCUGUGGUCAUGUGCAAGAAGGCGGCUAAAGCAGGUCUUUCUCAGUCUCUGUUUGAGAGGCUGGUGGUUCUGGGCAUCAGACCCAUCCGUCUGCAGGUGCAGUACCGCAUGCACCCGGCACUCAGCGCUUUCCCUUCAAAUAUCUUCUAUGAGGGUUCUCUGCAGAACGGGGUCACUGCCGCCGAUCGCAUCAAGAAAGGCUUUGACUUCCAGUGGCCUCAGCCGGAUAAGCCCAUGUUUUUCUACGUGACUCAGGGUCAGGAGGAGAUCGCAAGCUCUGGCACCUCCUAUCUCAACAGGACUGAAGCUGCUAAUGUGGAGAAGAUCACCACUCGUCUACUGAAGGCCGGAGCUAAGCCUGACCAGAUUGGCAUUAUCACGCCGUACGAGGGCCAGCGCUCUUACCUGGUGCAGUACAUGCAGUUCAGCGGCUCACUGCACACCAAACUCUACCAGGAGGUGGAGAUCGCCAGUGUAGAUGCGUUCCAGGGCAGAGAGAAGGACUUCAUCAUCCUGUCUUGUGUCAGAGCUAAUGAGCACCAGGGCAUCGGCUUCCUGAACGACCCACGUCGUCUCAAUGUGGCGCUAACCAGAGCCAGAUAUGGCGUGAUCAUUGUGGGCAAUCCUAAGGCUCUGUCCAAGCAGCCUUUGUGGAACCACCUGCUGAAUUACUACAAGGAGCAGAAGGUUCUGGUGGAGGGUCCGCUCAAUAACCUGAGAGAGAGUCUCAUGCAGUUCAGCAAACCACGCAAGCUGGUCAACACCAUCAACCCUGGAGCACGUUUCAUGAGUACUGCCAUGUAUGAUGCGAGAGAGGCCAUGAUUCCUGGAUCUGUGUAUGACCGCAGCAACACUGGUCGUCCAUCUAAUAUGUACUUCCAGACCCAUGAUCAGGUUGGCAUGAUCGGGACCGGACCGAACCCUAUGGGCUCCAUGAACAUUCCCAUCCCGUUCAAUCUUGUCAUGCCGCCCAUGCCUCCGCCCGGGUACCUGGGCCAGGUGAACGGACCCGCUGCAGGUCGUGGUGCUCCUAAAGGUAAGACCGGGGGUCGUGGAGGUCGCCAGAGGAACCGUGGCACGGGCAACCAUGGCAGUGGGCAGGCCAACAUGCCGAGCAGCCAGGCCAGUCAGGAUCUGGUGUCCCAGCCCUUCUCUCAGGGUCCUCUGACCCAGGGCUACAUCACCAUGAGCCAGCCUUCACAGAUGAGCCAGCCUGGCCUGUCCCAGCCUGAGCUCUCACAGGACAGCUACCUGGGUGAUGAGUUUAAAUCCCAGAUGGAUGUGGCGCUCUCCCAGGAUUCAACCUACCAGGGCGAACGGGCUUAUCAGCACGGAGGAGUGACUGGACUCUCACAGUACUAGAGUGUUGUUGGAACAGGAGCUAGGCCUGUGCUGAGCUUAGUUCAUCAGCAUUUUAAAUAUGGGUAAAUAUAAAAAAAGAACAAACAUGGAUGCCCGUUUACCACUGUUACAACUGAAGCACCAUGGUGUGAGAGCAACAGGAGAGAAUCAAACCAAUCACAGGAGGGGAGUAAAGCUGGACAGGACGAAAGAGAACGUGUGAGUGGCGGAUUACAUCCACCAUUCGUUGAGGACGGGGAAGGAGAGGGGAGACGCAGUGUUAGGAGGAGACGAAACACGAGAUCUUCGAUCUGCAACUCCGCAACGUGGAGGAGGCUCCUGGAGCGCAGGGACCCUUCCCGGCCUCCUCUCUCUCUCGCCUGGCUGUCGACGUCAGCCUCAGGCCUUG